AUGAGUGUGGCAAAGGCAAUGCAAACUAAGACCAGCUGCACCCCCUACCCGCAAAUGUUCGGUUAUAGCAGACGCCGGCUUAGCUUGCUGUGGCUCACAGCAUUGCUUCUGCUGCUACUUCAAUUUUGCGUUCACACCCAUAGCUACCUAAUUAUUGUGCAUGAGGGGACGCCUCCCGGUUCCGUCAUCUUCAACGCUUCCGUGUACAAAUUGGGCUCGGAGCGUCUCUAUAAAAUAAAUGCACAUAAGUCGGCCAACUUUGUGCACCACCUAGUCGCGGUCAGCCACAAGGAUGGCCAAAUACAUUUAAAGAAAUCGCUUAAGUGCGAUGGCAUCUAUUAUCCAAAUCUGUUUACUUUCUAUGUGGACUCAACUUCCAGUCGUCUGCGUAGCAUUGAUUACUACAGUCUGCCAGUGCGCAUUUUCAUCUCGGGCCACAAUUGCAACGAGGAUAGACGCAUUGAACAGCAACUGCAUCAUCAGCAUUAUGAGGAGGAGGACAACACAGGGUAUUCAAAGCGCAGACGGCGACGUUAUGCGGUGCAACCACCUCAUCUCAGUGAACAGCAGCUGCUGCUUUAUGGCAACCAGCUGGAGAGCCUGAAGGAAGUGGCAGUGCAGUUAAAUAAUCACAGUCAUAGUCGCACUGAUUUUCGAGACGGUGAUUUGAUCUUUGGUGAUAGCUUUGACAACGAGAUGCGUCAUCGCAUAUUAAGCCGUAAGCGUCGAGGAGUGGCAGAUCCACUGCACUUAGAGCCGGCGCUUCAUAGACGAGUGUCAGAUGCGAAGCAGUGGAUUUCAGAAACGUACGCAUCAUAUGCUAUACAUACGACAGACAAGUGGAACCAAAUCUGCUUGCGAAAGUCCCAGUUUAUCAACAACCUUAAUUCCUUUUUGCCGAAAAGCGUAUGCCAGUACUGUAAUGUUAAUUUUCUCGAUGUGAACGACGAGCGUUUUGCCAUCGAGCAUCAGAAUCGUGAUUUGGUUGCCAGUCGAGAUGUGUGCAUACAUGAGUCAAUGUGGAAGGUCAGCAUUACAUUCAAUAUACGUUGCAAUCGCAACGAUAUAGUUGACUCUGAUCACCGUCUGAAGAUUGUCUAUCAUCAUCAAGAAUUCAAUGAUACGGAUAUUGCAAAACGCGUACGACGCGAACUGCGUAAUCAGUCGCCGUAUUUUGAGCAAGCCUUGUACGUAGCCUCUGUGCUGGAGGAGCAACCGGCAGGUGUUGCAGUAACGACAGUACGCGCACGUGAUCCCGAGGACUCGCCAGUUGUAUAUUCUAUGGUCUCACUAUUGGAUUCGCGAUCGCAGUCUCUAUUCAAAGUAGACUCGCGUUCUGGCAUGGUUACAACCUCUGCUAGUCUGGAUCGAGAGCUAAUGGAUGUGCAUUACUUCCGAGUAGUUGCUACUGAUGAUAGUUUUCCGCCGCGCUCGGGAACAACAACCCUGCAGGUAAACGUGUUGGAUUGUAAUGAUCAUAGUCCGUCCUUCGAAGCAGAGCAGUUUGAAGCAAGCAUACGGGAAGGUGCGACUGUUGGCUCUACGGUUAUUACAUUGCGCGCUACGGAUCAGGACAUUGGAAAAAAUGCAGAAAUUGAGUACGGCAUCGAGGCAGUUACGGAUGGCACAGGUACUCCGCAGGACCAAGAGAUGCCUAUUUUUCGCAUAGACUCCCGUUCCGGCGUAGUCUCUACGCGCAGCAGCUUAGAUCGCGAGACAUCUGACAGCUAUCAUUUGACUGUGACAGCGUCCGAUAUGGCGUCGGCGCAGAGCGAGCGUAAAACAGCGACAGCUAGUGUAUUGAUAAAAAUCUUGGAUGACAACGACAACUAUCCACAGUUUAGUGAACGCACCUACACUGUCCAAGUACCAGAAGAUCAAUGGGGUGACGAUAAUACAGUUGCUCAUAUACGUGCAACAGAUGCCGAUCAGGGAAACAAUGCUGCCAUACGGUAUGCAAUAAUUGGAGGGAACACGCAGUCCCAAUUCUCUAUUGACUCUAUGAGUGGGGACGUAAGUCUGGUGAAGCCGCUAGAUUACGAAAAUGUGCGCAGCUACCGCUUGGUCAUACGGGCUCAGGACGGCGGCAGUCCGUCCCGUAGCAAUACCACGCAGCUGCUGGUCAAUGUCAUCGAUGCUAAUGAUAAUGCGCCGCGAUUCUAUACGUCACAAUUUCAGGAGUCUGUACUGGAAAAUGUGCCAGUGGGAUACAAUAUUAUUCGCGUGCAAGCCUACGACUCUGAUGAAGGUGCUAAUGCAGAGAUUAGUUAUAGCAUUUCAGAAAGAGACGACAACUUUCCUCUGGCAGUGGAUCCAAGAACUGGUUGGGUGCAAACCAUCAAGCAGCUAGAUCGGGAAGAGCAAAAUCGCUUUGCCUUUCAAGUGGUGGCUAAAGAUGGAGGGGUCCCACCAAAAUCAGCCAGCUCAUCGGUCGUUAUUACAGUGCAGGACGUCAAUGAUAACGACCCCACCUUCAACCCAAAAUAUUAUGAAGCCAACGUUGGUGAAGAUCAGCCACCAGGCACACCUGUCACCACAGUAAUAGCGACAGAUCCAGAUGAAGAUUCACGCUUGCAUUACGAGAUUACUACGGGAAAUACACGCGGUCGUUUCGCCAUAACCUCACAAAAUGGCCGAGGGCUGAUAACCAUUGCACAAUCGUUGGACUACAAGCAGGAGAAACGUUUUUUGCUUACAGUUACAGCAACAGACUCUGGCGGUCGCACAGAUACUGCAACAGUGCACAUAAACAUUACGGAUGCUAAUAACUUUGCACCUAUUUUUGAGAAUGCUCCGUACAGCGCAUCAGUUUUUGAGGAUGCACCUAUUGGGACAACUGUGCUGGUUGUUUCUGCUACGGAUAGUGACGUCGGAAUAAAUGCUCAGAUAACCUACUCGCUCAACGAAGAGAGCAUAAAUGGACUGGGCAGUUCGGAUCCGUUUUCGAUCAACCCACAGACAGGCGCCAUUGUGACUAGUGCUGCUUUGGAUCGGGAAACCACCAGCGGUUAUCUGUUAACUGUAACUGCCAAGGAUGGUGGUAAUCCUUCACUUAGUGAUACAACCGAUGUAGAGAUAAGCGUAACCGACGUCAACGAUAAUGCGCCGUCUUUCAAGAAUCCUCUCUAUCAAGCCUCUAUUUUGGAAGAUGCACUUGUUGGUACCUCAGUGAUACAAGUUUCUGCUACUGAUCCAGAUAUUGGGCUCAAUGGGCGUAUAAAAUAUAUGCUUAGUGACCGUGAUGUGGAAGAUGGUUCCUUUGUCAUCGAUCCCACAUCGGGCACCAUACGAACAAAUAAAGGACUAGAUCGUGAAAGCGUGGCCACUUAUCACUUAACAGCUAUAGCUGUGGAUAAAGGAUCUCCACCAAUGUCUAGUACCGUUGAGGUUCAAAUCCGAUUGGAGGAUGUCAACGACUCGCCGCCUACAUUUGCCUCGGAUAAAAUUACACUGUAUGUACCGGAAAAUUCACCUGUGGGCUCUGUGGUAGGUGAAAUACAUGCCCAUGAUCCCGACGAAGGAGUAAAUGCAGUAGUGCACUAUUCAAUUAUUGGUGGCGAUGACUCUAACUCCUUCUCACUUGUCACUCGUCCCGGCUCAGAACGUGCUCAGCUGCUUACCAUGACCGAACUGGAUUAUGAAUCCUCACGUAAGCGCUUCGAACUCGUUGUACGGGCAGCUAGUCCACCUCUGCGUAACGACGCGCAUAUCGAGAUUCUGGUCACAGAUGUUAAUGACAACGCCCCGGUAUUGCGCGAUUUUCAAGUGAUAUUUAACAAUUUCCGGGAUCAUUUUCCCAGCGGAGAAAUCGGACGCAUUCCAGCCUUCGAUGCCGACGUCAGUGACAAGCUAAACUAUCGGAUCCUUUCCGGAAACAACGCGAACCUCCUACGUCUCAACAGUAGCUCGGGAGGUCUCAUACUCAGUCCGCAGCUUAACACGAAUGUGCCAAAGUUUGCCACCAUGGAAGUAUCCGUGUCGGAUGGCAUCAACGAAGCGAAAGCCAUCAUGCAGCUGUCCGUUCGAUUAAUAACUGAGGAUAUGCUCUUCAAUUCUGUCACCGUUCGUCUAAAUGAAAUGACCGAGGAAGCGUUUCUUUCGCCGCUGCUGAACUUUUUCCUGGAUGGUCUGGCAGCCAUUAUUCCCUGUCCGAAGGAACACAUAUUCAUUUUCUCUAUACAGGAUGAUACCGAUGUUACUUCACGGAUCCUCAAUGUGAGCUUCUCGGCUAGACGACCGGAUGUCUCACAUGAAGAGUUCUAUACGCCGCAAUAUCUUCAAGAACGGGUUUACCUUAAUCGCGCUAUAUUUGCUCGCUUGGCCACUGUUGAAGUGCUACCCUUCGAUGAUAAUCUAUGUGUGCGAGAGCCCUGCUUAAAUUACGAGGAGUGUUUGACGGUUUUAAAGUUUGGCAAUGCCUCCGAAUUUAUACACAGCGAUACAGUUCUAUUCAGACCUAUUUAUCCUGUGAACACGUUUGCUUGCUCAUGUCCCGAAGGAUUCACGGGCAGCAAGGAACAUUAUUUGUGCGAUACAGAAGUGGAUCUUUGUUACUCAGAUCCAUGUCUGAACGGUGGUACUUGCAUGCGACGCGAAGGUGGCUACACUUGCGUCUGCUCACCAUCACAUACUGGUGCCAACUGCGAGACAAGUAUUAGUAAGCUGCGAACUUGCAUGUCUGAUGCUUGCGAGGGAGGACUAAGCUGCAUGAACAAUUUUCUUAGUUCCCAACCACCCCCAUAUACAUCGACAUGUGAACUGCGGGCACGCUCCUUUUCGCGGAACUCGUUUCUCACUUUUGAAAGCCUUAAGCAACGGCAUCGCUUCAACCUGAAGUUAAGGUUUGCAACAGUGCAGGACAACGGACUUUUACUCUACAAUGGGCGUUACAAUGAGCUGCACGACUUUAUUGCACUAGAAAUAUUAUCGGGCCAUGUGACUUUCUCAUAUUCGCUCGGCGACAAGACCAACAGCGUGUCAGUAAUUCAACAGAACAAGGUAUCGGAUGGAAAGUGGCACGAGGUAGAAAUCGCCUACCUGAAUCGGACAGUCACUCUAAUUCUGAACAAGUGUGAUACGGCCAUUGCACUAGCUGGCCAUUUGGGCGAUCGUUGGAGUUGCGCCAACCAAACCACGUUGCUGCUAGACAAGCGUUGUGCUUUACUUACGGAGACCUGCCAUCGUUUCCUCGAUCUGACUGGUCCAUUGCAAUUGGGUGGCUUGCCACGUAUACCUGCAAAUUUUCCUGUCUCUAAUCGGGAUUUUGUUGGCUGCAUUUCGGAUUUGCGCAUUGACGAUCGAUACGUGGAUCUGAAUUCAUAUGUAGCGGAUAAUGGUACGAUAUCGGGAUGUCCGCAAAAGGCUUCGCUUUGCUCCUCGGAACCCUGCUUUAAUGGUGGCAAGUGUCACGAGGGAUGGAAUAUCUACACUUGCGAAUGUCCUGAAGGCUAUGCAGGCAAUAAUUGCCAGGAUAUUAUUCCAGCACCUUGGCGCUUUUCCGGCGAUGGCAGUCUCAGCUUCAAUCCGUUGCUGCGUCCUAUUCAGUUGCCCUGGCUUACCUCAUUCUCUAUAAGAACGUGGCAACGAGACGCCUUCCUCUUCCAAAUACAAAUAGGGCAGAACAGCUCCGUUGUGAUUUGUCUAAAGAACGGUGUAAUUUACUAUAUCUACGAUAAUGAACCCAUGUAUUUGGCGGGUGCCUAUUUGGCAGAUGGUGAGUGGCACCACAUUGAGAUUAAAUGGCUGGGUGCAGAAAUACAGUUCUCCGUGGAUUACGGCCAGCGUACUGGUGCUGUACCAAUGUCACAGAAAGUACAAGGUCUUUAUGUUGGAAAAAUUGUGAUAGGCAAUGUUGAUGGUACCAUUGGAUCGGUGCAAGAUGCAGUGCCUUUUGAAGGUUGCAUACAGGAUGUUCGCAUAGGAGCAGGACAGUCGGUUCUUUCUCGCCCUACCAUACGUGAGAAUGUAGAGGACGGCUGUGCAUCACGCGCCGAGUGUCCUAGUUCCUGUCCACUGCACUCUACCUGCCAAACGCAAUGGGAUGGAUCAAGCUGCGAGUGUCUCUCUGGUUAUGUGGGUCCUGAGUGCUCCCCCAUAUGCACAGUUAAGCCCUGCAUGGCUGGAACUUGCCGAGCCAACGUCAGUGAGCCCCGCGGAUACCAUUGUGAGUGCAACAGCACCUACCAGCAUGGCGACUAUUGCGAGCGCACUGUACAACAGCCCUGUCCUGGUGGUUGGUGGGGUGAGCGCGUAUGUGGACCCUGCAAGUGCAAUCUGAAGCAGGGCUACCAUCCAGAUUGCAACAAAACAACAGGACAAUGUUAUUGCAAAACGAAUCACUAUCAGCCGCUCAAUGAGACGGCGUGUCUGGCUUGCGACUGUUACUCCAUUGGGUCCUUUAACAGCGCUUGCAACAGGCUGACGGGCCAGUGCGAAUGUCGGGAAGGUGUGAUUGGUAGACGUUGUGACUCUUGCUCAAAUCCUUAUGCCGAAGUUACGCUAAAUGGCUGCGAGGUUGUCUAUGACGCUUGUCCACGCUCUUUUGCUGCAGGUAUUUGGUGGCCUCGCACACCAUUGGGAAGCACCACCAUUGAGAAUUGCCCCUCACCAGCUCGGGGAAAGGGACAACGAAAUUGUGACAGCAACACAGGUAGUUGGGGACCGCCGGACAUGUUUAACUGUACUUCUGAUCCAUUUGUGGAACUGCGCAGGCAACUGUCCCAGCUGGAGAAAUUUGAGUUAGAGCUAAAUUCAUUCGUGGCUAUCAAAUUGGCAGAGAAUUUGCAGAAUGCCUGCCAGACUGUAGAUCGCAACAGCAUGCCGAAAAAACCACAGCUCAAGGACAAUCGGCGUUACAAAAUGGAGUCGUCUUUCUUGUUAAAUGAAGGCAAUAAUGUAUGGUCGCAUGAAUUGGACAUGGACUACCUCUCGGAUGAAUUGAAGUUCACGCAUGAUCGCUUGUACGGCGCAGAUCUACUUAUUACCGAAGGUAUUUUGCAAGAGCUGAUAAACUAUGAACUUAUGCAAAGCGGCCUAAAUCUGUCCCAUAGUCAGGAUAAGUAUUUUAUAAAGAAUUUGGUAGAUUCUGCCAGCGUCAUCUUGGAUCGCAAAUACGAUGGUGAAUGGAAACGCGCCACAGAACUCAUACAACGUGGUCCAGAUGACCUUGUAGAUGCCUUUAACAAGUAUAUGGUGGUGCUAGCGCGAUCGCAGCAUGACACUUACACGAAUCCCUUCGAGAUUGUGCAGCACAAUAUGGUGUUGGGCCUAGACAUCAUUACCACAGAAUCGCUUUUUGGCUACGAACCGGAGCAGCUAAGUGAAUAUCACAAGACGAAGUACCUGAAGCCAAAUGCCUUUACAACAGAGAGUGUGAUUCUACCCGAUACAAGCGGCUUUUUGCAACACUCGUCUAAGCAAAAGCCCGUAAUUACAUUCCCCAAGUACAACAAUUAUAUUCAAGACAAGCACAAAUUUGACAAAUAUACUAAAGUGCUUGUUCCUUUAGAAAUGCUUGGUAUCACGCCACCGGAUAGCAAUGAAGUGACGCAGGGCAAGAAUGCUGACCACCGCGCUAUAGUCGCUUAUGCACAAUACAAGGAUGUUGGUCAGCUGUUGCCAGAACUUUUCGAUGAGACUAUUACACGUCGCUGGAGCGUCGAUGUGGAGGUAGCUACACCCAUUUUGUCUCUGCAAAUCCUCGUGCCGUCAUCAGAGCGAGAAGAAAAACACUUCGAAAUACCUUCUCGCAAAAUAUCAUCUUCCCAAAAAACUAUCUCGAGCAGCACAGGUAGCACAGAACAGGAAUUUGUCGAAGUUUUCGACGUGCCCAAGACUCCAACGAGCAGCACUGGUAGCAGUGAACACAUGAUUGAGGAUAUACGUAUUACUGCUCAUGAAAUACCACCUCCAGCAUCCAAGGAGCAUAUAGACACCAGCAGCAACGAGGCUGCAGAAGAGGAAGAACCACACAUUCGCGUCAACUUUGAUGACAUUGAGUUUCACGGAAAUUCUGGUGAGGAAGUAGCUAGCUCGCCAGAACUGCUAAAUCCGAACUAUGAAGGGGACAGCAAUGAACAGCCCAAAGGCGAAAAUGAUGCCAUCUAUCGAGAUCGUCGUUUGGUCAAACGUCAAGUAGAGAUAAUUUACCCAUCGGACCAAGUGCAGGCACCGCAACACGUGAUAUAUCGAUCACUUGGGUCGCCCCACCUUUCCCAGCCUAUUAAGCUGCAAAUGUGGUUAGACAUUGAUGCUACACGCUUUGGACCACGUUCUAAUCCGCAGUGUGUGCGCUGGAACUCCUUCACCAACCAGUGGACACGACUCGGCUGCCAAACGGAAAUACCCGACUUCGAUAGCGAUUACUCGCAGAGCCAGCAGCAUGGACAGUUUCCCAUUAUUGUCAAUUGCACGUGCACACACAUCUCAAGCUACGCCGUAAUUGUGGACAUCAUUGAUCCCGAGGAUAUCCCAGAGCCGUCACUGCUUGUGCAGAUCACAUCGUACUCAGCGUUUAUGGUAUCUUUGCCACUGUUGUUGGGCGUUCUGGUGGCACUGGCGCUGCUACGAGGACAGCAGACCAACUCAAACACCAUUCACCAAAAUAUUGUACUCUGCAUCUUCUUUGCCGAGCUGCUUUUCUUCGUCGGCAUGCAGUCGCGUCGACAUCUGCUUGAGAACGAAUUCCCCUGCAAGCUCAUAGCCAUUUGCCUGCACUAUUUCUGGCUAGCGGCAUUUGCGUGGACAACCGUCGACUGCGUGCACUUGUACCGAAUGUUGACGGAGAUGCGCGAUAUUAAUCACGGUCCGAUGGGGUUCUAUUUUGCAAUGGGCUAUGGCGCACCAGCUGUGGUGGUCGGACUAUCCGUUGGUGUUCGUGCACACGAGUAUGGAAACAGUCUAUUCUGUUGGCUAUCCGUGUACGAGCCUGUGGUCUGGUGGCUAGUCGGACCAAUUGCCGGCAUGUCUCUGGUCAAUUUGCUUAUAUUAUUUGUGUCGGUGAAGGCCGCUUUUACGCUCAAGGAUCAUGUGUUGGGAUUUGGCAAUUUACGCACGCUACUUUGGCUUUCGGUGGUUUCGCUGCCCUUAAUGGGUGUGAUGUGGGUAUUGGCCGUAUUAGCUGCUUCGGAAAACUCUCAGCUUUUAAGUCUACUGCUUUCUGGUGUGGUUGUUCUCCAUGCUUUAUUCUGCCUAAUUGGAUACUGCAUCAUUAACAAGCGAGUUCGCGAGAAUUUACAACGAACUUGCCUACGAUGCAUGGGUCGAAAAGUGCCUCUGCUUGACUCCUCUAUGGUUGUGAGCAAUAGCUCACAUAACGUGAACGGUGCGGCCAGACCAAACAACUUCCUAGCUGGAAACUAUGACACGAGCAGGCGCAAUAUUGGCAUAAGUGCAUCCAGUACAACGUCACGCAGUACAGCUAAGACGAGUUCUAGUCCUUAUAGCGAUGGGCAACUGCGUCAAACUUCUACAUCGACUUCAAACUACAAUUCAGCAAGCGAUGGGCCUAGUUUCCUACGCGGCUUUGAUUCUUCAACCACUGGCCGCAGCCGUGAAGAAAAGACACGCCGUCAACGUAAGGAUUCGGAUUCAGGCUCGGAAACAGAUGGCCGCUCACUGGAACUGGCGUCAAGUCAUUCCAGCGACGACGACGAGUCGCGGACAGCCCGCUCGUCUGCCACACAUCGAAGCACAGCAAUUAGUGCGACGCCUGCAUAUUUACCAAACAUCACAGAGCACGUGCAGGCCACAACUCCUCCCGAAUUAAAUGUGGUACAAAGCCCUCAACUAUUUCCGAGCGUUAACAAGCCCAUCUAUACGCCGCGAUGGUCGAGCCAACUACCCGAGGCUUAUUUGCAAAGUCCGCCAAAUAUUGGGCGCUGGUCACAGGAUACCGGCUCUGAUAAUGAGCACGUGCACGGCCAGAAAAUGACCAUUUCACCUAAUCCUUUGCCUAAUCCUGAUCUCACCGAUACUAGUUAUCUACAGCAGCAUCACAACAAGAUAAACAUGCCACCUUCAAUACUAGAAAAUAUACGGGAUGCGCAUUGUACAGACCACGGCUACGAAGACAGUUUGUAUGGGCGACGGGGCGAAUACCCGGAAAAAUAUGGCUCGUAUAAGCCACCUAGUCACUAUGGCAGUGAGAAGGACUAUCCAGGCGGAGGCGGUGGCUCACAAAUUGUGGGCCACUUGCGCACUUUUCAUCCAGAUGCGGCCUAUCUCAGCGACAACAUUUAUGAAAAGCAGCGUCCAUUAGGAAGCGGAUAUUUGGGGGCCAAGUCCGAGUCGCCUUAUCUGUCAAAGGAUCGCAUUACUCCCGACAUAUAUGGCUCCCGGGAUGGGCACUACAGCCUCAAACGUCAGCCUACCUACACCACCGACUCUCUGCACUCCGUGCACUCGCUGCUCAAGAACGAUUAUCAGCAGCAAAAGCAACAGUUGCCGACACAGAUACACACGAUGCCACGGCAGCCAGGUGAUUAUCACUCAGAUCGUCUGUCCGAAGGCUCAGACAAAAAUGGCUAUCAUUUUCCUUACACCGCCGAGGAGGAUCAUCUACAGACAGCCCGAAAGCUUAGCCACACACAACCACCGUCUUUGCAUGGAUCGCAGCAGCUUCAUAGCGGCCAUCUCGGACAUGGACAUGCUACAGGACUUGUGAACGACAUGAAUAAUCCAGGCUUAUUGGCCCGUCAUCCGCUCAACGCAAGUGGUGGGUCGCGGCACAGCUCCCGGGCCUCUUCACCCCCUUCAGGUAUGGUGGCGACCAUGCAACCGCUAGGGCCCCUCGCCAGCAUCACAGACACUGACUCAGAGUUCGACAUUAUUUGGCUGCAACGCAGACAGAGGCGGCAACAAUAUCCUUGGUCAUUGAAAAUAUGGCGGAAUAUUGAUGAUGACGAAACCACGGUGUGA